AUGGAAGUCCGCCGCGAUCCGCGCUCCUUUCUUUUCUUCAUCAUUUUGCUCCUCCUGAUCAACUCGCCCGAACCACAGCAGCCGUCCUACAACACGCGCACACGCUACGACGAGCUCAUACAGCGCGAGUGGGAUCAGUUGGACGUGCUGAACCGGACGCGAUGGGGCGACUUCAACGUGGGGAGGAAGAAGUGGCUGAAUGUCAGUGGGCUGAGAGACGAAGACGGGUUUGCUUGGGAUAGGCUGCCUGGUGUGCAAGAGAAGGCCAACGCGCACGGACAGAGAGCGCUGGGCGACAAGUGGGGUCGUGUGUUGGAUGGGACACUAGACGAACUCGACGAUGGAGGCAUCACUUUGCCUGUCUACAGGAAUCUCUCGGGGUACGUGCAGGGCGAGUGGGUGCGGGAUCCGAGUAGUCGCGUGCGACAUCCCAGCGACAUGGGCAACACGACUCAUCCUGCCAAGGACCCAUUUACCAACUCGGCCAUGGACUUUGACCGCAACUUGACGGGCCCGGCCGGACCAGUGCGCGUGCACAUCACCGAGCUCGAGGAUAAGAUGCGGACGGAUGCGAACAAGACCAUCUCGGAGAUUAGUGCGAAGAUCGUCGUGGGGGACGAUGAGUCGUUCGGCGGCAACUGGUGGGAGUUCUACGUGCAUGGAGUGCACUUCAAGGAGAGUGGUCAUGCGGUGUUGACGACAACGAGCGAGCGGUUCGCCGGCAUCUUUGCGCUGCCGCAUUUCCAGCUCUCCUCGCGGCUGUACGACACAUCGAGAGACUUUUUGAACUGGACGAUACACGAGACGAUCGAUCGACAGAUACACCGCACGUUUCCUGUCUGGAACCCAUGGACCAGCUCGGCGGCCGGGUCCAACGAGGACAUGAUUGGAGUGGCACACCACUGCGAGUUUGUUCUCUACUUGCAGCAGCCUCCGAGUGUGCAGGCUGUGGACAUGGACUGGCUCGAGCACGAGAUGCGGUACCCGACUGGAGCCCCGCUUGGCCAUCGUUCGCAGCUGUCCAUGUCCAUGGUGGGCUUCUCGCCAGAUUGUGGGUAUGUCAUCGAGUCGAAAGGACCACCAGACUUCCCGCCGUCAGAAGCCAUGCAUCUUGUAGGUUCCAAGUUGGAAGACUACAACAGUCGGGCGAGACACAGCAUAGUCGCCUUUGCAAUCGCCUUCGCCUUCCAGCUGUCUCUCCUCAUCAAGCAGAUGAAGGAAACGGCGACGCCCUCAAUGCGUAGCCGUGUCAGCUUCUACACUAUCGCCAUGAUGGCCCUGGGCGACGGCUUCACUUUCCUAGUGCUCAUCUUCAUGUACCUUUUCCUCGGUACUGCACAACUAGCCAUGUACAGCAUCGCCUUUGUCGCGCUGUUCUCCGUGCUUGCGCACCUACGUUUUCUGAUGGAUAUCUGGUCUGUACAGUCUGCCGAACGAGCUCGCCAGGAGCGACAGCAAGCUCCUGCACCACCAGUAGCUGCAGAUGCAUCGUCUCCUGCUGCAGUAGCUCCCUCGCCGGCAGUAACUCGUCCACCGACAGCUCCUCCACCGACAGCUCCUCCACCGACAGCACCUCCACCGACAGCACCUCCACCGACAGCACCUCCACCGACAGCACUGCCCCCCUCCUCGGCAGAUGCUGGUCUUCUUCCUGUGACUGCAUCUCGUCCCCCUCCGCCUCCACGGGCACAGACACCUAUCCUCAUUGCGCCCGACCAGGAUGACCCGCUUUCAGACGACGACGACGCACCUCUCCUGCCUAGGACUAACCCGGCCGCGACUACAGCAACACCCACACCGGCAGCACCCAACCCGCGUGCGGAGUUUGGGACGCUCUAUUCCCGGUUCUGCCUCCUGCUCGUCAUCACCUUCUUCGUGACGAUUCAGUUCGCCACGGCGCGGACGCUAUACCGCAGUGCAUACUUCAACGCGCUUUCAUUUCUAUAUCUAUCCUUUUGGGUGCCACAGAUCUACCGCAACGUGAUGCGGAACUGCGGACGGGCACUGCGAUGGGACUAUGCAAUUGGCACAUCCAUGACGCGGCUGGUGCCCAUUGCCUACUUCUACCUCAAGGCCGACAACGUGCUCUUCGCCAGCACCGACUGGAGGACGUUUGCCGUCCUCGCAGGCUGGGUGUGGGUCCAGAUCAUCGCGCUGAUCAGCCAAAACAUAGUGGGACCACGCUUCUUUGUGCGGCAAGGCUGGGCACCGCCAGCGUACGACUACCACCCCAUCCUCCGCGAAGACGAGGAAGGCGCGCUGCUCCCCCUCAACGCCACGUCUGCCUCGGACGACGACAUGGAGGGAGACGACGGCAGCAAGGGCGCGGGAGAAGCCAGAGACAAAGGGAAGAAGGUGUUCGACUGCAGCAUCUGCGCCAUGGAUAUCGAGGUGCCCGUUGUCCCGGCUGGCGCGACAGACGAGAGCAGCGUGUCCGGGACUGGCAUGGUCCUGCAGCGGCGCAUGUACAUGGUCACGCCGUGUCGACAUAUAUUCCACGCCUCGUGUCUGGAGGGGUGGAUGCGGUACCGUCUGAUUUGCCCAAACUGUCGAGAGGCGCUUCCUCCGCUAUAG